AUGUGCAGCUGUCAGGCAGCCUUCUCCCCAAAGGAUGACUUUUUGAAGGCCUCACCCAGCAUUCAUCCUCGAUGGGCUCCCAGGCCAGCAGCUCAGGAGCCCUCAACAAUCACGCCGCCCGAAAAUGAGCUGCCACAGUUAACUCGAAAGCGGAAGCGCGGGACGCCCCGGCCAUCGCCGCCGCCGCCGCACUUGGCCGGCCCGGGACCGGGGACGCCGAGGCAUAGGUCUUUUGCGGGCAGUGGCUCCGCGACCACCGCUGCAGUGGCUAAAGGUGCGAACACCGGCAUCUGCGCCACGGGCAGGGCCGAGAACCCCGCCAGAGCGGCGGCGGCGGCGGCGCGGCUCGGGGCGCUCGGGAGGCGGCGGCGGUGGCUGCAGGGGCUGGGGCGCGCCCAGGGGAACCGCCGCGCCGCUGCUCUUGAGCGGGCCGCCGCCUCCGUGCGGGAAGAGCUGCUGCCAGUGCUGCAGAUGCCGGCGCAGCGUCCGGAACCCGAAAACGCUGGAAGACACAAAAACCAGUACGCAUCUCCGAGUCUGCUGGAGUGUGGGCGAAGGAUGCUGCGUACCGCGGGCGUCGAGCAGACCUGGUCCAGGGAGCUAGUUUGCGCUUUAGCCGGGUUCGGAUUUUCCUGGAAUGCUGUUGGGUGCCAGAGUUGUCUUGCCUGCCAAGCAACCUCGAACAUAAAUCCUCCUGGGAGAAAAGUUGAGCUCGAGGCGCGGCGCGCUGUGAGCUGGUGUCAAACCCCCAGUCUGCUGCGUUCGGGACAGGCGUGGCGGAGCCAUGGGUUUGGGAGUGAGGGUCCCUAAAGAGCGAGCUGGUCCUGGCAGGACUCCAGCUUGGCCCGGAGUUGACAGGCAGCUGCGUUGGAGUUUGCACAACCCAGCCUUCCUGAAGGGUUCUUUCCCACUCCUUGGCACCUCGAGCCUUGCAAGCAUCUAGGGUUUCGUCUGUGCCUCCGCUGCCCCUGGAUUCAGGAGAGUCUGUUUACCUUCAGCUGUUUGGGUUGCCCCAGGAGCUCAAAUACAGGUUUCUUUACCGAAAAUCUAGCGUUAGCGGUGCGGGGUGCAAGUUGCAGACCCAGCUUCACCAUGCCAUCUCCAGAGCUUUGGGCCGCAGCCCCUCUACCAUAAGAAAUCCAGCGUCCACCCAUUUGCCACCGGCGCCACGCUCUUAGCUUUCUGAUAUUCCUGGUACUCGUGGCAGAGGGCAGCGACAAGCUCUGUGAGAUUGGCUAAUUCCGGCGCUUUCCCCUCGCCGGAGUUUUGUCCACACCUAAAAGGGGGGGGGGUGGCAUUUCUCUUUCCGCAAACAGCCCAGUUUAUUAAGCAGUCACCAUCUCGAACAAAUAAUCUCCAAUCUUCCCUAAUUUCUGCUUUCUUUUUCUCUUCCCACCACUCAUUUUGUCUGAGCCUGGGAAACGCGCUGUUUAGACUUGGUCCGGGUCUCACACAGGAUGCCUCCCUACUGGUUGUAACAGAGUUGGACCGAAAAUGUUUUGACUGGCGUCGUUAUGACAAGGCCAUCCGUCAUUCCUGGAUAGAUUGAUAGCACCCAAGUCUGAGGCGCGCACCAGGAGAGGAAACCCACAGCUCUGUGGACCCCGAGGCUAACCAGGCAGUCCUAGCAGACUUUGCACCAUUCCCGGGAGGAGAGGAUGAAGUUCCAGGCCCCUUUCAAUUAAUCUGCUUCCAGAACUGUGGUGGCUGCCGGGCCGCGGGAGCCAGAGCAAACUCUCUUUCUCACAUUCCCCUACUUCUUUGCUAAGACCUGGCUGGACGUUUCUCAGUGUGAAGCGGGGAGCUCUGGCCAGGGAAGUCCGGAAACCGCUCUGCAGCCCAGACGCACGUCUACUCCCAACCCCGCUUAUUCCUAGCGAAGGGUCCCCAGGAAUGAAGGCCUCACAGAAUCACAACCAUCUCCCCCCGCCACCACCCCCCGCUUCCCUGGGAA